UUCAAUUGGCAUAAACAAAAUUACUUGUUUGUAAAACGAAAAAGCGUGUGAUUGCUCAAAACUUACCUAUUUCAGCGGUAGUUUACAUAUAUAUCUCGAAAUUAAAUAAACAAAGAAGCUAGGAAAAUUUUAAAUUUACAUGAUAAUCAAUUGCCUAAAACAAAUAAAUUAAUGAAGUGCCGAUUACUCUCUAUUUAUUUAAUUGUAUUUUAUUGCAAUCCCGCUAUUGCAAAUCUGUCUAGGGAUGAUGCCAUUCGACCUCAAGUGACAUUUGUAGAUCCGGGAACAAUAGUGGACUAUCAGCCAAAGUCACGUCAUAGAGGCUUUUUCGAUAAUGACAUGCGUAUCUAUUGUUAUCGUGGAUCUCCCAAAGAGUUGAUUCGUUUUUUUGAAAAUGUGGAGCUUCAAUUGGAAAUAGAUAGCGACGAUUACACACAAUAUGAAGGUGCAACGCCUACCGAGGUUCGGCAGCAUUUCGAAGAACGUCGGUCGUUAUUUAGCUUCAAUUUAUUCACUCAAAAACGCACGCGGCUGAAUCUAUCUCCGUUCAAGCAACAAUGUAUUGGCAUCGACACUGUAUUACCUUAUCGUGUUCGCCUACUGCAAUUUCGAUUUGAGUAUUUCCGGAUUAUCCAGUUUGUUUUGGGUGUUUGGUUAUUGGUUUGCGCUGGAAGGCUAAGCCAAAACUCGUUGUUUUUUUACCUUACGGGUGUUGUUUUGGGCAUAUGUUCUUCCUUAAUGCUUAUUAUUUGGCUAUCUAGCAAGUUAAUGCCCAGGCGUCCUAUGAUGUAUGGAAUUCUAAUUGGUGGGUGGACACUUGGCGUUUACAUUAUUCAGCGACUAUGGGAGAACCUACAUUUAAUAUUUCAAAUGUAUCGCGCAUAUGUGCUCUGGUAUAUAUUUAUUACGGGAUUAUUGUCAUUAUUUUUUUGCUACCGAAUUGGGCCUCCUACAAACCAACGCUCGAAAAAUAUAGUAAAAUGGGUUUUGCAAAUAAUUGCAAUAACUUUAAUUUAUCUCUCAAGCCAAUAUGAAGAAGCAAGUGCGAUCGUAGGGAUUACCACUGCCGUUGUGUACUAUUUUCCUUAUUACAUUUUACACAACCUCCUAAAAAUUUACAGACGAUUCUUUCCACCCAAAAGACGUUUACUUACCAGUGAAGAAUUUUAUGAACAGGGCAUUAUAGAAACUACAAAGGCACUGAACGAAUUGCGAGUUUAUGCAAGUAGCCCUGAUUGCAAGCAAUGGAAGAUCGUAUCCAAACUGAGUGAUCCUCUGCGUUUUGCGUCUUUUGUUGAAGGUGAUUCUCACCUUCAAGAGGAAGAAAUAUCAAAUUUUGAAAGUUUUAUGCAAGCGAAUGAAUUCGACGAGUCCGAUCUAAGUGCAAAUGGGGAUGAAAAAUUUGUCGAAGAAAAUCAAAACACAAAUUUACUCUACCACCAUUAUGAAAAUGGACAGAACCAAAUUUCAAAAGCGAAAAAAAGUAUUGCUUAUGAAGAAAUGAGUGAAGAAGAGUGUGACAGCGAUGACAGUAUUGGCAAUAAAGAGAUUAAUGCCCAAAAAACAAGUGAUCGCUUUAGUAAUACACAUAUUAAGAAAAAGAUGAAUCGUGUGGGAACGGGCGUGCGACAUUUUUACUCUGAUGACUUAAAACAGACAUAUAACUCACGUGCACGAAAAGAGCAAGAAAGGCUUGAUGGCCUGCAACAAGCACACUUAAACACAAAAGCUUCAAGUUCCAACAGUCAGCAUUCAACCAUUAAUAAUAAAAAAGGCGUAAAAUUAUAUGGAAGAGGAGCCAAUCAUAGUUAUACAUACAGCGAUCCAUUUGCAGAUGGCGGUUCUGAAAGUGAUUAUUAACAUGUUCGGAGGUAAUCCGUUAUUCGAUAAGACUCAGUAUGGAAUGUUUACCAUCUCAUUAUUCUUAAUACUUCUUAUACAUUACUAUUAUAAUCGUAUAUGCCAUACAUGCCUCAUUAAAAGAACAUUUAUACAUAUAUUAUUAAGUUCGUAAUCUUCUUUGGAUUUAAAAACAUGCCCCAAAAAUAUAGAUCAUUUGGUGCACAUUAGAGAUCGCUUGGGGAUCAACUUAAUUUUAUUUUGUAGAUAUCAUAAUGAAUUUACAAAAGUUCACUUUUUUGUUCUGUUUCUAGUUAAACGGUAUGUCAUUUAAUAAAAUUCAUCAAUAAAAUUUAAACCAAGCCUUGACAGUUAAAAAUGGCUGCUUGAUAAAUUUUUGAAUUUAUCUUUAUUUUUUCCUUUAGUCUUUCUAUGCGAUUCGCCCGUGGUAGAUGUGCUACACCGUGCCCGUAUCGUCUUUUGAUUAUGUGACUUGGUUCGUGAACUGGACUUUGAUCUCUGCUUGUGAACAUGACUUUCUUAUGUGUUACGGGCUCUUUGAAGGUAUGCCGGCGCAUAAUAGAACCAGUUAUAGUAUUAUUCAAUAAGCUCCAUCAAAGACGCUAGCAUCGGCGAGUAGGAUGCCGUAGCCUGCAUUCCUCAUGUGCCCGCGACGAUACUCCGGCCUUGUUCGAGGCUCGUAAUAAAAGGGUCAGUUUUUAGAAUUUAUAAACGUUUGCAACCCUGUCGCAAAUUCUAAACUGAUAAUUUUCUGAUGUUCGGCGCUUAUUUUGCAUAGAUAGGUGAAAUGAAUACCUAAAUAAAAACAAUAGAGUUUUCUAUAAAUAUUCUCCUUGAUAAUUUGGAUCAACGAUGACAAAAUUCAAAAUUCAAAAUGACAAAGAAAAUAAUGAUUGAAGGAAAAAAAUGGUUGUGUAUACAAAGUUUUUAUGAUGCUGUUUUAACCGGAGCGUUUUAAUGAAAUCAAAGACAUUUUCUGCUAAAUUGAAAACUUAAAAGCGGAAUUUCGUGUUUUCAUCUCGCUAGUAAGGGAUUCAUCAAUAAAUGUAAAAAGAAUUAUUGGCGGAAGGGAGCCAUAAAUAAGUCAUAUUACCAUAUCUAUACAUAAGAAAGUGCAAUAAUAAUCAAAAUAAACCAAAAGAU